UGACACCCUGAGCAUUAGUCAUGAGAUUGCUGUGCCUUUUGUGAACUGAUUUUUAUUUACCCUUCUGCUGGUUUCUUACCCAGGGUGCAAGAGGAGCCCAGUCACGCUUCCAGCAAAGUCUCCUGAAGGAUGCCUUUUGCUUUCCAGAGCUGCACAAAGAUAAUCACUCAGGAAGUGUUUCAGCCAAUGGCCUAAAGCGUGACACUAGGAUUUGUGCGAGCACCCAAUCCUGCCCCGGCUUCUAUGAAGGAGACAGAUCAUCAAGCUGAAGUGCCAAACCCUUUUCUGUCUGAGUACAGAGACUCUGUCCUCCAUGUUUUAUAAGUAUUGACAUAACACUGUGUUACAAUGCAUCCACAGAGUCUUUCACAAAAGCCUCCUGGUUCUCCAAGGAAGAGCACUCUCCCUGCAUUAUUGUCACAUGCUGCUGGGGAGAACAUGGAGUCUGGCAAAGCACAAACAUUAAUCAGCCCCCAAGGAAGCCAAACGCAGGAGGCUGGCAACUUUAGCAUCAGUUUGGCGGAUGAGGAGAUAAAAACAGAACAGGAGGUAGUAGAGGGGAUGGAUGUCACAACACGAUCCAAAGGUCCAGCUGUGGCAUUUCCAGAAGGCCUACCGCAAGAUCAUGGAGACAGUCAGCAAUCAAAUCCUGGCUCCACAGAACGACCCGGCCAAAAGCGGAGGUUUCCCAGCCCCCAGCAUUCAUCCAAUGGCCAUUCCCCUCAAGAUUCCUCCACAAGCCCGAGCAAAAAGAAAAAGAAACCUGGCGUAAUCAACAGUAAUAAUAAAGAACAGUCAGAGCUAAGGCAUGGUCCGUUUUACUAUAUGAAGCAGCCACUCACCACAGACCCUGUUGAUGUUAUACCGCAGGAUGGCCGAAACGAUUUCUACUGCUGGGUUUGUCAUCGGGAAGGUCAAGUUCUGUGCUGUGAGCUCUGCCCAAGAGUUUACCAUGCUAAGUGUCUGAAACUGACCGCUGAACCUGAGGGCGAUUGGUUUUGCCCUGAGUGCGAGAAAAUCACAGUUGCAGAAUGCAUAGAGACACAGAGCAAAGCAAUGACAAUGCUGACCAUUGAACAGCUGUCUUAUCUGCUUAAAUUUGCACUACAGAAGAUGAAGCAGCCGGGGACAGAGCCAUUCCAGAAGCCGGUAUCUUUAGAGCAACACCCUGAUUAUGCAGAAUAUAUAUUUAAUCCUAUGGAUCUAAGUACCUUAGAAAAGAAUGUAAAAAAGAAAAUGUACGGUUGCACAGAAGCCUUUUUGGCUGAAGCCAAAUGGAUUUUACACAACUGCAUUAUUUACAAUGGUGGCAAUCACAAGCUGACACAAACGGCAAAAGUCAUAAUCAAGAUUUGUGAGCAUGAGAUGAAUGAAAUUGAAGUCUGUCCUGAAUGUUAUUUAGCUGCUUGCCAAAAAAGAGAGAAUUGGUUUUGUGAACCCUGUAGCAAUCCACACCCAUUGGUCUGGGCAAAAUUAAAAGGAUUUCCCUUCUGGCCUGCAAAAGCACUUAGAGAUAAGGAUGGACAGGUUGAUGCACGAUUCUUCGGCCAGCAUGACAGGGCCUGGGUACCAAUGAAUAACUGCUACCUCAUGUCUAAAGAGAUCCCCUUCUCUGUAAAGAAAACAAAAAGCAUUUUCAACAGUGCUAUGCAGGAGAUGGAGGUCUAUGUGGAGAACAUCCGCAAGAGGUUUGGGGUUUUUAAUUACGCCCCUUUUCGGACACCUUACACGCCUAACAACCAAUACCAAAUGCUGCUGGAUACUGGGAACCCAAGUGCUGGAACGGCCAAGACAGAGAAACAGGAGAAAAUCAAACUGAACUUUGACAUGACAGCCUCGCCAAAAAUUCUGAUGAGCAAACCCAUGCUGAAUAGUAGUGGCGGGCGGCGGAUUUCUUUAACGGAUAUGCCACGCUCACCGAUGAGCACAAACUCUUCUGUUCACACUGGAUCUGAUGUGGAACAGGAGGCGGACAAGAAAGUAGCAUCAAGUCACUUUAGUGCAAGUGAGGAAUCCAUGGACUUUACAGAUAAGAGCACAGCUUCUCCUAAAUCAACAAAAGUAGGACAUGGGGGUAAUAUAGCAGACAGCCCCAAACCUUUCUCUCCUCAAUCAUCAACACCUGUAUCCUCCAAGCAAGAGCGAUCGGCCACCACCGGCAGCAUCCUUAAUCUCAAUCUUGACCGCAGCAAGGCAGAAAUGGAUUUACAAGAGCUCAGUGAAUCGGUAUUACAGUCUACGCCCACCCCACUUAUAUCCCCUAAGAGACAGAUCCGGAGUAGAUUUCAGCUUAAUCUUGACAAAACCAUAGAGAGCUGCAAAGCCCAAUUAGGGAUCAACGAAAUCCCUGAGGAUGCCUACACAGCUGUGGAACACAGCGACUCCGAGGAAUCAGAGAAAACAGACAGCAGCGACAGCGAAUACGUGAGCGAUGAGGAGCACAAGACCAAGAACGAACAAGAAGACGUCGAGGACAAGGAAAGUGUUAAAGCUGAAAAAGAAUCCUCCUCUUCUUCAUCGGUAUCUUCUUUAAAGAAGAAAGCCAAGACACCUGCAUCCGCUGAUACCAAGGAUAAUGCAAAAAGCACUUCCACGGCAACGGAGAAAGCAGACACCCCCUCCAAAGAUAAAUCUGGUCCAGAGGCACCGAAGGAGGUAACAGAAAGGACCAAAAGUGCCCCUCAUUCUGCCAAGGAAAAGCUAAAAGGGAAAGAUGAAACAGACUCUCCAACAGUCCGUCUGGGUUUGGACUCUGAUUCUGAAAGUGAACUGGUAAUAGACUUGGGAGAGGAUCAGUCCGGCCGAGAAGGCCGCAAACACAAGAAAGAAACAAAGGAAACACCUGCCAAGCAACAAGAAAGUAAAUCCCCUGCUGUGUCAAACUCCAACAGCCAGUCCCAGCCGGAGACCCCCAUCUUGACCCGGUCAGCAACCCAGGCAAUUCCUGCAGUAGGUGUCACUGUGACCACCAGUGCCCUGGCUGCGGUACCUGUAGCAGCUGCUGCCACGGGCAGCCCCGUCAAGAAGCAAAGGCCGCUGCUGCCUAAGGAAACAGUCCCUACUGUGCAGAGGGUGGUGUGGAAUUCUUCCAGUAAAUUUCAGACCUCGUCCCAGAAAUGGCAUAUGCAAAAAGUACAGAGGCAACAGCAGCAGCAGCAACCGGCGACAGCAGCAGCAGCAGCAGCAGCAGCAGCAGUUCCACAGUCUCCCACCGGAACCAGAUACCAAACCCGACAGGCUGUGAAAGCUGUGCAACAGAAAGAUGUAACCCCGGCCACUACAACCUCCACCAUAACCCUCGUCACCAACGCUCCACCGCUCACAGUGGUACCAAGCCCUGCAAACACCGUAAACGCUCCAGUCAGUACUGACCUACCAAUUGCCACUGCUUCUGCUGAUGUUGCUGCUGAUAUUGCUAAAUACACCAGUAAAAUGAUGGAUGCAAUUAAAGGGACAAUGACUGAAAUCUACAAUGACCUGUCUAAAAACACUACUGGGAGCACCAUAGCUGAGAUCCGGCGAUUACGGAUCGAAAUUGAAAAGCUCCAAUGGCUUCACCAGCAGGAACUUGCUGAAAUGAAGCACAACCUAGAGCUAACAAUGGCAGAGAUGAGACAGAGCCUGGAGCAGGAGCGAGACCGGCUAAUAGCCGAAGUAAAGAAGCAGACGGAGUUAGAGAAACAGCAAGCCGUGGAUGAGACAAAAAAGAAACAGUGGUGCGCCAACUGUAAAAAGGAAGCCAUCUUUUAUUGCUGUUGGAAUACAAGUUACUGUGACUACCCUUGUCAGCAAGCCCAUUGGCCAGAGCACAUGAAAUCGUGCACCCAGUCAGCCACAGCCACACAGCAAGAGCCUGACCCCGAACUCAGCACCGAUAAAUCCGGGCAACCGACCUCGAGCAUCCAACCACAGUCAACUGAAACCAGCAGCACCCCAAAAGAAAAGGAGGGUGACAAAAGCAAAGAGAGUGUGACUAUAGCAACAGGUGUGCCAAGCUGCCAGCCUAUAAAACUGGUCCAGGUGUCGCAGACCACCACCUUUAUCCCAACUACUCAACCCACAAUUACCAUCCCGGUCGUGGUGAGUCCAACUGCUGGAACCAUGGCGGUGAGAACAGGGGUCCAAUAUGUUCAGACCACAAUGCCAGUUCAAGUGAGACGGGUGUAGCACGGAACCAACCCUGCCCUGCUUAUCGACCCUUUGGUUGGACUCUUGGCAUCAGUGGACAAAUAAUAGGCAACACUACAAUUCCAGCAUUGGCUGGGGGACUCCUGCAUCUGGCGGGAGUGGGGGGUCUCUAUCAAAGGAACCCAAUUCUAUGCGUGUAAAUAUUGUACAAUUGUGGAUGUCAUUUAAAUUCAAGCACCAAUUUUUUCUAUGGACCUUUAACUUAUGAACGUGGCUUCACAAGGCGAGUGGCAGGCUGCUGCAUCAUUUCCCAAUGAAUUGACUCUAUAUCCGCCACCUGCUGGAAAUAAACUGCUCCUACAGGCGGUGAGGGGGGGGGGAUGAAUGCCAGACGUCAAGAAUGAAAGCUGCCACACCGGGAAGCAAUGGUGGUUUUUACUCUACGUGAAACAGAGCGCUUACAUGAAUUGGAUUAUGGAUAUUAUGUGUGUAUGUGACUUUGACUAAUUGUACAUGGUGUUAUUAAUAUAAAUUUUACAGACCCCCCCUAAGAACGUUAAAAUGACGUUGACAAGCAAAGGACCUUGUUUUUCUAUAUAAAGGUGUCUCUCCGAACUUUAGGAAUCGGGAAUUGAUUCGCCCGCGAGCGCAUUUGGUCAUGUUCCAGAAUAAUGACAUUUCUAUAAAAGCAUGAGAGCAAAAUCCCAACGGAACCCGCGGAACCUCUGCCUGUUACAUUGGAUACUGUAUUCUGAUUCUGUACAAACUGCUCCAGUCACAGACCAUGUAUGUAUAUGAGACGAUUUAUUGUACAAUACCCAUCCAUUCCACAUCGCUGUACAUUGUAGUCAUGUUAUUUUCCUCCCAUUAUAUGUAAAGGAUCCCGUGUGUACAGCAGCCGGCUACACGGAAGCGCAGAGAAUUAAAUAACAAACAAAUGAGAAAGAGAACAGGAGAUGUGUUAUUGCCGACGCGUCGGGAGUCGCAUUAGCCGCGCUGGCCUUAUUUGUGAAGCAUAAUUGCUUUUAGCAUAUCCGAAGUAUUUUUUCACAUUUUCUUUGUAUAAAAUUUGUAUUAAAUCUAAUUUUUUUUCUUUUUUGA